AUGCACCAAAUCACUCCGGACAAGAUGUUCCUCUAUCGUGAUGGUCAUCUGCUUGCUGAUGGCGAGAAAACAUUGCAGGAACACGGGUUGGUUGAUCAUGCCGUUUUGGAGCUACAUACCAGAGAAUCAAUACAAGCGCUACGACAAGCACAUAGGGUUGCUGCUUCCGGUCCAGCCGAAGGAGCUAGAAAUACAGGUGGAGAUUUUAUGACAGACUCCGAAGUUAUUAGGUUGAGGCUGUUAGGUGACCAGAACAUGAUGAGCCAGCUGAGAGAGCAGCAGCCAGAGCUUGCAGAAGCUGUGAAUGAUCCGCAGAGAUUCUCUCAGAUAUUCCAAAUGCUUGAAAGCCGAAGACGGGAUGCUGAAAGAGAGAAGCAACAUGAAAUAGCAAGAUUAAACGACGACCCGUUCAACAUAGACUCUCAAAGACGCAUAGAAGAGCUCAUACGUGAAGAAGCCGUCCGAGAGAACCUCCAGAAUGCGCUCGAAUACAACCCGGAAUCCUUUGGCCGUGUUACGAUGCUUUACGUCCCAGUAGAGGUGAACGGUCACCCAGUCAAAGCGUUUGUCGACUCGGGUGCUCAAGCCACCAUCAUGUCACCGAAGUGUGCCGAGGAUUGCAAUAUCAUGAGAUUGAUUGACAGAAGGUUUGCCGGUAUCGCAAAGGGUGUCGGUACAGCCAAGAUCCUUGGAAGGGUUCAUUCGGCGCAAAUCAAGCUUGGUGAUCAGUACUUGCCGUGCUCGUUCACGGUAAUGGAGGGGAAGGAUGUUGAUCUUCUAUUGGGCUUGGAUAUGCUCAAGCGUCAUCAAGCGAGCAUAAACCUAAAGGAUAACCUCUUGGAAUUUGGCGAGACAAAAAUUCCUUUCCUCCCGGAAAAUGAAUGUCCGCGCAGCUUUGAUGCUCCAGGACAGGAGGAUGAGCCUGUUGUGGAAGGUCCCGCCGGUAGUCUGGUAGGCGGUCAAAGCGGGGCAAUGAUCCGCCCUCCCGCAGUGAAUCCAAACUUCCAGGGCCCUGGACAUUCAGUUGGUGGACCAUCCACAUCGGAAUCAUCCGCCUCAGCCCCUCAACCUUUACUCUCGCAAACUACAAUUCCCUCUCCAGUUCCGACGCCGGUCAACCCGCCCCCACUACCAUCAGGCAGGCAGACACACCACGCACCUGAAAAGAUUGAGCAGCUUACGAGUCUUGGGUUCUCGGAAACAGAAGCUCGUCAGGCGCUCAAUACUGCGAAUGGAGAUGUGGAGCUAGCGGCGAGCUUGUUAUUCGGUUAG